AAGACCGGUGUAAAGAGGUGCACCAAAGAAAAGACGGACAACGUCAGUCGGAAGUAAGGGAAAAAAUUAGAUCGAUAUUUUUCCUCCGUCGUCAUCGCGGUUGGGUUAUCGCGGGGAGGACAAUUUGUCGGUCGGGAGCUAGGCGGUGUGACCGUGUCCAUCGUCGUCGCGGAUUGCUAGUCCCGUUCGCUGGAAAGUGAGCGGUGAAAACGAAGAAAAAGUGCAAUUUUCGGUUCGACGGACGGCACAUGUGUCGUGUGUGUGUGGAGGAAAAAAAACCAUAUAGUCGUCCACUGUAUCGCAACGCAACAACACAGUGCCAGUGCAGUCUAGUCGGGAAAAUAAAUCUGCCGUUUUCGGUUGUCCACGGCUCCCUGGUGCCGCCGCCGACGUGGAUUGUUGAAAGUCGAUUUUAGUUCGUGCGAUCCAACACAGCUACGGAAGUGUUACAUUUAGCGAAUACGGUGAAAAAGUGCUUUAUCCAAAACGCGGUGAAGAAAACAGACGGAAGGAAGUGUUGCUCUUCUAGAAAACGGGGCUCCACCAGCCAACCAACGCAAACACGACAACUAGGCACAAAACGAAGUAGAAAGACAACGGCCUGCCCGCUGAGACGGAACGACCGACGACGACGUCGACCGUCUUGCUGCUCCUCGAGAGUGCGAGCGACCCCGCUCCAUCGCGGCGCAGUCAGCGUUUGUGGUGCUGCGGAGUGCCAGUUAGUGAGUGUUGUGUUUUGUGAUUCGUCAAGCUGAGGAGAGUGAGUGAGAGAACGGCCGAAUAAUAGAAUAAAGAAAAAUGUCGGGCGAUCGGGAAAUUCCAGCUGAGGAUAGCAUCAAGGUGGUGUGCCGUUUCCGGCCGCUCAAUGACAGCGAGGAACGGGCCGGAUCGAAGUUCAUCGUUAAGUUUCCCUCCGGGCCGGAGGAAAACUGUCUUUCGAUAGGGGGCAAAGUAUACCUCUUCGACAAAGUCUUCAAACCGAACGCCACACAGGAAAAGGUCUACAAUGAGGCGGCCAAGUCGAUCGUCAGCGACGUGCUGGCCGGGUACAACGGGACGAUCUUCGCCUACGGUCAGACUUCGUCCGGCAAGACGCACACAAUGGAGGGCGUGAUCGGCGACCCCGGCAAGCAGGGUAUCAUUCCACGUAUCGUCAACGACAUCUUCAACCACAUCUACAGCAUGGAGGUGAAUCUUGAGUUCCACAUCAAAGUGUCCUACUACGAAAUCUACAUGGACAAAAUUCGGGACCUGCUGGACGUGUCCAAGGUGAACCUGAGCGUACACGAGGACAAAAACCGAGUGCCGUACGUCAAAGGCGCUACGGAACGGUUCGUGUCCAGUCCGGAGGAUGUGUUCGAAGUCAUCGAAGAGGGUAAAUCCAACCGACACAUAGCCGUGACGAACAUGAACGAACACUCGUCCCGAUCGCACUCGGUGUUCCUCAUCAACGUCAAACAGGAAAAUCUCGAAAAUCAAAAGAAACUUUCCGGCAAGCUGUACUUGGUGGAUUUGGCUGGUUCCGAGAAGGUCUCGAAAACCGGCGCCGAGGGUACGGUGCUAGACGAGGCGAAAAACAUCAACAAAUCGCUCUCGGCCCUAGGUAAUGUGAUAUCGGCGCUGGCCGACGGCAACAAAACUCACAUCCCGUAUCGUGACUCGAAGCUGACGCGAAUUCUGCAGGAGUCGCUCGGUGGUAAUGCACGCACCACCAUCGUCAUCUGUUGUUCCCCGGCCAGCUUCAACGAGGCGGAAACCAAAUCGACGCUGGACUUCGGACGAAGAGCCAAGACCGUUAAGAACGUGGUUUGCGUGAACGAGGAACUGACGGCCGAAGAAUGGAAACGACGGUACGAGCGGGAAAAGGAAAAGAAUGGCCGACUGAAAGGUAAGGUGGAGAAAUUGGAAGCGGAACUGGCGAGAUGGCGGGCAGGCGAAACAGUUAACGUGGACGAACAGCUUGAUCUGCAAGACGUUAUGGAAGCCAGCACACCAAACGUGGAAGUCCUGUUAGAAAAACCUCCCGAUCUUCCGGUCCCUGCUACCCCAAGCGGCCUAGCCAUGGUGGGCUCGAUCACUGCGGACGAGCGAACAGCCCUGGAACAGGAACGAGAACGUCUCUACCAGCAGCUGGAUGACAAGGAUGAGGAAAUCAACCAGCAGUCACAGUACGUUGAGAAGCUGAAGGAGCAAAUCAUGGACCAGGAAGAGUUGAUCGCCAACACCCGAAGGGAUUACGAGAACCUCCAGGCAGAAAUGACCCGCAUCCAGCAGGAAAACGAAAGCGCAAAGGAAGAAGUUAAGGAAGUUCUCCAGGCCCUCGAAGAACUGGCUGUGAACUACGAUCAAAAAUCGCAGGAAAUCGAAUCCAAAAAUAAGGAAAUCGAUUCGGUCAACGACGAGCUACUGCAGAAGCAGACCUCACUAAACAGCGCCCAGUCGGAGCUGCAGCAACUGAAGGACAUGUCUGCGCACCAAAAGAAGCGAAUCAACGAGAUGUUGAGCAAUUUGUUGCGAGAUCUCUCGGAAGUCGGACAAGCGUUGGCAGCCGAUCAGAACGAAAUGAAGCUAAACGUGGAGGCAUCCGCUGGAAAACUAGAGGAAGAAUUCACCGUAGCCCGGUUAUACAUCAGCAAGAUGAAAUCCGAAGCGAAGAACGUUUCGCAACGGUGUUCCAACCUGGAGAACCUCCAGCAAGAAGCCAACAAGAAGGUAGGUGACUACGAGAAGGAUUUGAGCGAGUGCCGACUGCUGAUUUCGCAACACGAGGCUCGCAUGAAGUCACUUCAGGAGUCGAUGCGGGAGGCGGAGAACAAGAAGCGAACGCUGGAGGAAAACGUGGACGCCCUGCGGGAAGAAUGCGCCAAGCUUAAGGCCGCCGAGCAGGUAUCGGCAGUGAAUGCCGAGGAGAAACAGAAGGCUGACCAGCUGAAGGCUGCAUUCGAGAACCAGAUGGACCAACUGCGGGAUGCCCACACGAAACAGGUGGCGACACUUCGUGAUGAGAUUUCCGAGAAGCAGGAAUUCAUCAACGAACUGAAGGACACCAACCAGAAGCUAUCGCUUGCCCACCAACAGAUGACGGCCGACUACGAGAAGCUGCGACAGGAGGAAGCCGAGAAGUCCGCCAAACUGCAGGAACUAAUGUCAGUACCCUACUCAUUAAGCUCUACCAUUGAAUCUACUAACCAUCAUCCCCAACAAACUAACAACAAACUCGCGUCGUCUCCCGUGUCGAAGAAAUCUCCUUCGUCUCCCAGCGAUGGCCACUUCGACUUUGGCAACUUACGCCGUUCCGGUGCGACGCACUGUCGGAGGCCAUCGUUGGCAGCGGCCGUCGUUGACCACGACUCGGUCCACGACCGCAGCGAUAACGAAGACGACGAUAACAACGCCUGCAAUCGGGAUCAGCUUGAUCGGGACGAACAGAAUCUGUUGUUUCAGCGCCGGCUGAAGCUGUCCAAGUUGCACAAAAAUUUGCUCAAUCGUAGAAACCAAACGGGGAUGGGAACUGGUGGCGGAAGUCCCACGAUCAACAGCUACCGGCAGUUGAUCGAGGAACUGGAGCGCGAGGAGCGCGAACGCGAAGAAAUGGCUAAUGGAAGUAACGGCACCAAUAAGAUCAAGGGCAAAAGUUUGAUGUCGUGCCUGGCAUCGACGAUUCCGUUGGCGCUUCCGACGUUGCAGUUGCACCUGCUGCUGUCGCUGACGAUGGUUCUGCUGACUCAUCGCUGUCCGCAAUACUUGAUUAUUCUGUAAUGUGGGUAAAUUUAG